UCUGAGAGGGGAGGGCUCGGAAGGAAGCGGAAUGCGACCCCCCAGCCUCUCCCCUAGGGGCUGUAAUCUGAUCCCUAGGGACUCCCCCCUAGCCUCCCGCCCUCGCUGCCGACUCCUUCUCUUCCAGAUCCCGGGGCAGAGUCCAGGGCGACUCAAGGUUCCUCCACACAUGCCUGCUGAACCCUGAGCGCCCUGAGCUGCCGGGAUGGGGCGGGCUGAGGCUGCCGCCAUGAUCCCAGGCCUGGCCCUGCUCUGGGCAGCAACACUAGGGGAGGCCGCCCCCAACCCCCCACGCCUUCGGCUCUCCUUCCAAGAGCUCCAGGCCCUGCAUGGUCUCCGGACCUUCCGGCUGGAGCGAACCUGCUGCUACGAAGCCUUGCUGGUGGAUGAGGAGCGUGGACGCCUGUUUGUGGGUGCUGAGAACCAUCUGGCCUCCCUGAGCCUGGACAACAUCAGCAAGCGGGCCAAGAAGCUGGCCUGGCCGGCCCCUGUGGAAUGGCGAGAAGAGUGCAACUGGGCUGGGAAGGACAUUGGCACUGAGUGUAUGAACUUCGUGAAGUUGCUGCAUGCCUACAACCGCACCCACUUGUUGGCCUGUGGCACAGGAGCCUUUCACCCAACCUGUGCGUUUGUGGAGGUGGGCCACCGGCUGGAGGAGCCCAUGCUCCGGUUACACCUACGAAAGCUAGAGGAUGGCAAGGGGAAGAGUCCUUAUGACCCCAGUCAUCGGGCUGCCUCCGUGCUGGUGGGGGAGGAGCUGUAUUCGGGGGUGGCAGCAGACCUCAUGGGUCGGGACUUUACCAUCUUUCGCAGCCUGGGCCAGCGUCCAAGUCUCCGAACAGAGCCACACGACUCCCGCUGGCUCAACGAGCCCAAGUUUGUCAAGGUAUUUUGGAUCCCGGAGAGCGAGAACCCAGACGACGACAAAAUCUACUUUUUCUUCCGUGAGUCCGCGGUGGAGGCAGCUCAGGCACUGGGACGCCUGACCGUGUCCCGCAUUGGCCAGAUCUGCCGGAACGAUGUGGGCGGUCAGCGCAGCCUGGUAAACAAGUGGACGACGUUCCUGAAGGCGCGGUUAGUGUGCUCGAUGCCUGGGGUCGAGGGCGACACCCACUUCGACCUGCUCCAGGACGUGUUCAUGCUGUCCUCGCGGGACCGACGGGCCCCACUGCUCUAUGCUGUCUUUUCCACGUCCAGUGGCAUCUUCCAGGGCUCCGCCGUGUGCGUGUACAACAUGAAUGACGUGCGCCGGGCCUUCCUGGGACCUUUUGCACACAAGGAGGGGCCCACACACCAGUGGGUGUCCUACCAGGGUCGCGUCCCCUACCCUAGGCCCGGCAUGUGCCCCAGCAAGACCUUUGGCACCUUCAGUUCCACCAAAGACUUCCCCGAUGACGUCAUCCAGUUUGCCCGGAACCACCCCCUCAUGUACAACUCGGUCCUGCCCAUGGGGGGGCGCCCUCUCUUCCUACAAGUGGGCGCUGGGUACACCUUUACCCAAAUCUCUGCGGACCGCGUAGCAGCUGCUGAUGGACACUAUGACGUCCUCUUCAUUGGCACAGAUGCAGGCACAGUGCUGAAGGUGAUCUCAGUCCCCAAGGGCAGCCGGCCUAGCGCCGAGGGGCUGCUCCUGGAGGAGCUGCACGUGUUUGAGGACUCAGCCGCUGUCACCAGCAUGCAAAUCUCCUCCAAGAGGCACCAGCUGUACGUAGCCUCGCGGAGCGCCGUGGCCCAGAUCGCCUUGCACCGCUGCGCUGCCCACGGCCACGCCUGCGCCGAAUGCUGCCUGGCGCGUGACCCCUAUUGCGCCUGGGACGGGGCUGCUUGCACGCGCUUCCAGCCCAGUGUCAAGAGGAGGUUCAGGCGGCAAGACGUAAGGAACGGCGAUCCCAGCACGUUGUGCUCCGGAGAGUCGUCCCGUCCCGCGCUGCUGGAGCAGAAGGUGUUCGGUGUAGAGGGCGGCAGCGCCUUUCUGGAGUGUGAACCCCGCUCGCUUCAGGCGCGCGUGGAGUGGACCUUCCAGCCGGCAGGCGACGCGGCCCACACCCAGGUGCUGGCUGAGGAGCGAAUUGAACACACGGUGCGGGGGCUGUUGCUGCGCGGGCUGCGGCGCCAGGACUCCGGCAUAUACCUGUGCGCUGCCGUCGAGCAGGGCUUUUCGCAGCCAAUGCGGCACUUAGCGCUGCACGUGCUCAGUGCUGCUCAGGCAGAAAGGCUGGCGCGGGCCGAGGUGGCCGCACCUGCUGUGCCGGCGGGCCCCAAACUCUGGUACAGGGACUUUCUGCAGCUGGUAGAGCCGGGUGGCGGUGGCGGCACGAGCUCCCUGCGCAUGUGCCGUCCGCAACCCGCGCUGCGCCCACCGACCUCAGAGUCGCGGAGAAAGGGCCGCAACCGGCGGACGCACUCGCCUGAGCUGCGCUCUGAGCGGGGGCCGCGCAGCGCAGCUCGCUGGUGACCGGGGACCAGGCCCCUAGGGAUACAGAUGGGUUGGGGCCCGGCACCCUGGGGUCCCCAGUCAACAGAGACACCAACAGACCGGCCCUGGCUGAAGGGCUGCCGCUCUGGCUUAUUUAUUAACAGGAUAACCCUUGAAUGUAGCCCUGGGAAAGGCGGCCCAGGCCGGGUGCAGGAUCCGGCGGGGGUGGGGGGCAGAGAAGCUGGGCUCCAAAGCAACGACCAGGGACUGGGAGGUGCCUGGAGUGCCCACCGAAGAGGAGGGACACACUCCACCCCCCUCCCCUUGAGGCAGUGAGCAGAAAGCUGUGAACAAGAUGGGCUGUUGGGGUGGAGGCGGGGUGAGGCAGGCCGACUGUACUAAAGUAAUGCAAUAAACACAUUAUCAGUCUAAGCUGGUAUGACCCCAGCAGACAA